AUGCAGGGCUUCAAGUUAAGAGAGAGCAAGAUCCUAAGGAAGAUAUUAAGCAAGAAUUCAUCAGAGAAAAAUCAGGAACCUACUAGUUUGAAUCAAGCAUCUGAAAAUUCAACAAGACAAUUCUAUCACCAAACCAAAAAGAUCUUAGUUGGUUCCUGGAAUAUUGGAGGCAUUGCACCACCUCAGAAUUUGAACAUUGAAGAUUGGCUUCACACACAAAAUGAUUCUGCAGAUAUUUAUGUUUUGGGGUUCCAAGAAAUUGUACCUCUAAAUGCAACAAAUGUAUUAGGACCUCUGAACAAGAAAAUUUCCAUGAAGUGGAACUCCCUUAUUGGGGAAACCCUUAACAAUAAAAGACCUAUGAAGGUAGUUGAAGAAAAUAAAAAGGCAGAACAUCAAAAGAUAUAUCCAUUGAAGGAAAGAAUUUAUGAAGAGGUUGAAAAUGUUGAUGAUUUCCAAUGCAUCAUAAGUAAACAAAUGGGGGGUAUGUUCAUUACUAUUUGGGCAAGAUGUGACCUUUAUCAAUCUAUCAAGCACUUGAAUGUCUCAUCUGUUGGCUGUGGAGUUAUGGGUUGCUUGGCAAACAAGGGUUCAAUAUCAAUUAGAUUUUUCUUGCAAGAAACAAGAUUCUGCUUUAUAUGUAGCCAUCUAGCUUCAGGUUGGAAAGAAGAAGACAAGAGACAAAGAAAUAUUAAUGCAGCUGAUAUUUUGUCCCAAACAAGCUUCCCUGCUGGUCCUCUGCAUGAUAUGCCUCAAAAAAUUAUUGACCAUGACCGAGUUGUGUGGCUAGGAGACUUGAACUACAGGAUAGAUAUGCCAUACUCUGCAACACGAUCAUUGAUCAAGAGAAAGGAAUGGAAAACCUUGUUGAAACAUGAUCAACUGAAGAUGGAGUUGAAAGAGGGCCAUGUAUUUGAAGGUUGGCAUGAAGGAGAUGUAGAGUUUCCACCUACAUACAAAUACCUGCCAAAUUCUGAUGAUUACAUAGGUUGCGUUGACGAGGACAUGAGCAAAAAGAGACGUUCCCCGGCAUGGUGUGAUCGAAUAAUAUGGUUUGGAAAGGGAAUGAAUCAAAUCCAAUACAACAGGAGUGAAUCAAAACUUUCUGAUCAUAGACCAGUACAAGCAAUGUUCACAGCUAAUAUCAAGGUGGCAGCAACAAAUUGUAAAUGA